UUGACUAGAAACGGUGCGUUUUAGUUGAGAUUCGUAAAACCCCGAAAUGUGGCAGAAAGCUAUAUCGGCAGCGUCGUGGGGGUGCUUGAGCUUACCUGUUCUAAAACCCUACUUCCUCUGCAACACCACCAUUGUUAGAGCAUCACCCAAACCCCAAAUUACCAUGAAAAAUCUCGACGAAUCGGACGUCGGCGUAUUCUGCUACAUCUCCAACCUCCCUGGCUUUCGCGGUGUUCUUAAACAAAGGUAUUCUGACUUUAUUGUGAAUGAAGUAGAUACUGAUGGAAAUGUCGUCCAUUUGACCACUAUGGAGGCACCUCCAGAGGAAAUUGCUGAGGAAAUUAGAACAGAAACAGAAGCAAAUGAUGCAGCUAGCAAAAAUUAUACUUCUGAAUUUGAAUCUUUUAGAAGUCUUGCUGGUGAUUCGGAUGCUGAGAGCUUUGAAGCUUUUAUGGGUCAAAUCAAUUCUAGUGAUGGUAAAGAGAGUGUUUCACCUAUUGUUCUUUCGCCCGAUUCUGAUAAACUUCAUCGAACGGCCAUGCACAAUUUUUUUAAGAAAAAUUUUAAGUUCCUUGUCACUGAUACCAUUGACGGGCCAGAUGUUUCCUCAAAGUGCAUUCGUGUGAGAUUAGAUUCUGGUGGGCACGGGAAGAACUCCAGGAAACGGAAAGAUAGAGGUGGUAAACCUUUUGAUAGCAGAGGUUCAGAUGACUGGCAAGAGAACAUUGGCAAAUUCCUUAGGUUUCAUAUCUGCAAGGAAAACAAGGAUUCACAGGAGGCAUUAGGAGUAAUAGCAAAGAUGCUUGGCAUCCAGCCAAGGUCAUUUGGGUUUGCUGGGACAAAGGAUAAGCGUGCUGUGUCGACUCAAAGGGUUACUGUUUUCAAGCAGCGUGCUAAGAAAUUAGCUGCUCUCAAUGAUAGGUUGAUUGGUAUUAAAGUGGGUGAUUUCUGCUAUGUCAAGGAAGGACUUGUCCUUGGCCAACUCUGGGGUAACAGAUUUACAGUCACAUUGAGAGGAGUUGUUGCAGAUUGUGAAGAGACCAUCAGAGCUGCUGCAAGUGCCUUAGGAAGACAGGGCUUUAUUAAUUACUUUGGUCUACAACGCUUCGGAAGUGGUUCUGUGCCAACUUAUCUUAUUGGGUCUAAGCUACUCAGGGGAGAGUGGGAAGCAGCUGUAAACAUGAUUCUUGAUCCAAGAGAAGGAGAAAGAAAUACAAUUGCGAUGGCACGUCAAUACUAUAAGGAAACUAAUGACAUCGAUGGGACUCUGAGACAGUUACCUCGAUACCUGGUUGCUGAGAGGGCAGUAUUGCAGUGUUUGAAAAAAUGUCCUGGGAACCACCUGCAGGCUCUGAAAGCAAUACCGAGAACUUUGAGAAUGAUGUAUGUCCAUAGUUACCAAAGCUAUUUGUGGAAUCACGCAGCUAGUACAAGGGUGCAAAAACAUGGAACUGACCAUGUUGUGGUGGGAGACUUAGUAUAUUGUAAAGAACAUGAUAUUGAGAAGGCGAAAGAAAUUGGUAAUGCUGAGUGUGAAGAAGAAGACCCUAAUGAUACACUUGAAGCUCACGAACUAGAUGAAAUCUCUGACACUGUUCUUCCCGAAGAAAAGAAAAAUCCUGUAAAGGCUGUUACUGCAGAAGAUAUCCUUAAUGGAAAUUAUACCAUUGAUGAUGUUGUUCUUCCAUUACCUGGUUCAAGAGUAAUUUUUCCAACAAAUGACAUUGCCCAAGUUUAUCAUGAUCUGGCAAUGAAGGACACAAUCAGUUUAACAGAGAGUGUACACAAUGUCAAAGAAUUCUCAAUUACUAGUAUGACUGGUAGUUACAGGCGUGUUUUUCAAAAACCAGUCGAUUACGAAUGGGAAUUACUGAAAUACACCGAUGGCAACAUACCUCUAGCAGAAACAGAUUUAGACGUUGUUGCUAAAUCUAAACGCUCAAAACCUGUGGAAGAGCUUGGAGUCAAUGAAAGCAAAGGGAUAAAUGAAUUUGAUUGCUCAGAAAGAUUGAACCCCUCUGAGAAUGACAUAAAACUUCAAGCAGACGACAAAGAGGUGGGUGGCAAGAGAGAAGUUGGAAUGCUAAUUGAACCUAAAUUCCAAGACGCCCAAACAGCUCUCAAGCUUAGUUUUACUCUCCCGGCGUCUUGUUAUGCAACAAUGGCCAUCAGAGAGCUUCUGAAGACAUCAACUUCCGUCGCUUUCCAUAAAACGUUAAACUAGGGAGCGCGUUAGAAGUUUCAUGGCAUUCCUUGACAGGGGAAAUGACCCCCCUAGGGGCCCAUGUCACAGUUUUGAGUACCAUAUUUUACAAAUUCCACCUUUGUAAGGAGAGAGGUAUUAGCUUUAAAUUUGUAUUUCGAUACAAUUUGUAAAAUUUCACCUUUACAAAGGUUGUAUUCUUUUCCUUAACAAUAUGAUCCUUUCAAGUCAUCUAUGAUCACCUUUUAGUAUGACACGAUUACCAAUCUUCCUUUAAGCAGUUUUCAAUUUUAUUUAUUGAAUUGAAAUAUGUAAUACAGAUAUUAAACUACAAUGGCUUGACACCUCAUGUCAGGCACCCCUUAGCAAUCUAUUUAAAUAUGUUUCCAACCUAACAACAAAGUUAAACAAAAGCAUCAAUCCCAGAUCAUAUCUUCCAUAUCAGAUAAAAUCCAACACAAAGAUAAAUGAAUAAUGAGAACACCAGUACAUUACUCACAAGACAACUCUACCCAACAAGAUCUAAAAUCUAAAAUGGCCAACCCCCAAAUCAAAUUGAUUAAGAUCGGUCAGCUAACCACAAGUGGCUGACCCCAAAAUUGGUCACUUGUUCACCCCCAAAUCAACUUGACUUGACAACCUGUCUUGUAUCUACGCUAGGCCAGUUUUUGUAAGACUCGUCAUCACGUUGAGAUUACAGAGUAAAUUUCUUUUCUUUUUUUAUUUUUUGCUGAAAAAGGAGUACAGCAUCUACGCUUUUAUACAUGUAUAAUUUCUUACAAAAAAAAAACUAAUUAGUGAGUGACCUAAUAGUCAUUUUUACAAGUCCCUUUCUGCAUUUACAUAACAGAAACACGACAAUAUUUGUCAGUUUUCUUUCCAUAAGUGAGCAUUUUUGUAGUCUUAGUUGAGAAAUCAUGACAGAAACUAAACAUACUCUCACCCAAAUAUAAGAAUUUAAUAAACCUUUUUCUUUUCCAUUGAAAGGAUACUCUCUUACAGCUAAAUACCUCAGAACCAAAUUUCAUAGCCAGUAUCAUAUCAGCCUCACAAAAUGAAAAAUCGACAAAUUUGAGCACAAACCAUUGAACACUAAACUAUUAAAUUUAUACCCAAUGCAAUGGAUUAACCUGUAAGAAAAAAAAAACAACUAAAACAACCCAUAAGCCCAUUUUCCCCAAGAAGUUUUCCCACCAUCCAAACACAUUCUAAUUUCUAACUUUAUAAACUUUCACUAUAUCGGAACGUAUCUCUUGACAGCCUGCUUCCCCGCAACUGCAGCCGCCGCCGCAAUCCCUCCGAUGGCACCAGCAAUGGCCGCCGACCUCGGUCCCGCCGCCGCUUUAUAAAGCGCACCAGUCCCAAGUCCAGCCACAACAGUAUUCAACAAAUCAUCUUGACCUCUUAAUUGAAUUACCCCACUUUCCAAACCGGCGAAGAUCAAUCCAAGAAUGCCAAGAGUGUUUCCGUACCUCCGUCCGAGUGAGCCGCCCGAAUUAAGAACACGGUUAACGCGGAGCUUGAGCGUAUCGCCUGCCUCAGCUGCCUUGAGACCUUCUAUGGAUCCCUUGGCGCCGCCGAUGAUCGCACCGGACAAGUAACCACAACCGGUGUAGUAUUGAAGGUUCUCACCCCAUGAUCGAUGAGGCUUUGAGGCUUCUUCGAUAAAGAGGUGUUCUGGUGCGGUUGGAAGAUUGUAGAGGUUCUGCAUCGGGACAUGGAGAUCAUGGUACGGGUUGUAAAGCCGGCCCUUUCGCUCAUCGUUGUUCGAACUAGAUAAAUCCGCCAUUGGAAUCGAGCAAGGUCAACAAGAGAGAGAAAGAGAUGGAGAGGGUUUUAGAGAGAAAUUUCUGGGUUAAAGAAAACCCUAGCAAAAUUGACGUUGGCGGAACUAACAGGGUUUUGGGCUUAGCUGACUUGGCAUCUUUGAGCUU